AUGUAUGUUACAUAUAAAAAUGCUGGUCCAUCGUUUAUGCUUUGUUUUAUGUCAAUUGUUUUAAAUAUUAUUGUAAUUCCAGGCAUUUUUAUGAAUGCUUCAAUUAUUUAUGUUACAAUUAAAUAUUAUAAAACACUUCGAGGGACAUCAAGCUUUUUGUUAGCUUUAAAUGCUUUUUAUGAAUUUCUUCAUGGAUUUGCCCAUCAAGUUUUUUUAGUUUCUGCUUUGUCUGGAAGAAAUUUUAUUUCAUAUUGGACAGUUUUUUGUUGGGAAGUUAUACCUCUUUGGGGGUGUAGUUCGAGUGUUGUGACUAUAGCAUUGACGGGAUUGGAUAGACUUUUACAAGUUAGCUACCCAAGCUGGUUAGUGUUUUAA